AUGAUAUUGGCAACCAGGCUGACCAAGCCUAACUUAGGCACGAGGCUGACCAAGCCUAACUUAGGCACGAGGCUGACCAAACCUGAGUUAGGCACCAGGCUGACCAAGCCUAACUUAGGCACCAAGCUGACCAAGCCUAACUUUGGCAUUAAGCUGACCAAGCCUAACUUAGGCACCAGGCUGACCAAGCCUAACUUAGGCACCAGGCUGACCAAGCCUAACUUAGGCACCAGGCUGACCAAGCCUAACUUAGGCACCAGGCUGACCAAGCCUAACUUAGGCACCAGGCUGACCAAGCCUAACUUAGGCACCAGGCUGACCAAGCCUAACUUAGGCACCAGGUAA